CUCCGUCCACAGAUCUGACAUUGAUAAGCUAAGCUCAGACCCCUCCCUCCCUCUCUCUCUCUCUCUCCCCCUCUCCCUCUCCCUCUCCCUGCCGGAAGUCCGACAAUGCAGCUCCACCGACAGCUCCCCUUCGUCGCCGGCGCCAUCUUCCUGCUCCUCCUCUUCGCCGCUCCAUCCCAUGCGCACAACAUCACUCGCCUCCUAAAGGACCACCCGGCCUUCUCCACCUUCAACCACUACCUGACCCUGACCCACCUCGCCGACGAGAUCAACUCCCGGACAACAAUCACCGUCUGCGCCAUCGACAACGACGCCAUGUCGGAGCUCCUCGCCAGCCAUCCUUCCAUCUCCACCGUCAAGAACGUCCUCUCCCUCCACGUCCUCCUGGACUACUUCGGCGCCAAGAAGCUCCACCAGAUCACCAACGGCACCGCCCUCGCCGCCACCCUCUUCCAGGCCACCGGCUCCGCCCCGGGCUCCGCCGGCUUCGUCAACAUCACAGAUCUGAAGGGCGGCAGGGUCGGGCUCGGCCCCGAGGACAAUGGCGGCACCCUCAGCACCUACUUCGUCAAGUCCCUCGAGGAGGUCCCCUACAACAUCUCCGUCAUCCAGAUCAGCGGCAUCAUCCCCUCCGACGUGGCGGCGGCCCCCACCCCCGCCCCCAGUGAGAUGAACAUCACCUCCCUCAUGUCGGCGCAUGGCUGCAAGGCCUUCGCUGACACUCUCCUGGCCAACCCCGACGCCAUGAAGACUUAUCAGGACAAUGCCGAGGGAGGGGUGACGGUGUUCUGCCCGCUGGACGAUCCCUUCAAGGCCUUCCUGCCCAAGUACAAGAACCUGACGGCUGCCGGCAAGACUGCGUUCCUGGAGUUCCUCGCGGUCCCGAUGUACCUCUCGAUGUCGAUGCUCAAGUCCAACAACGGCCCCAUGAACACGCUCGCCACCGACGGUGCCAGCAAGUACGACUUCACGGUCCAGAACGAGGGCGAGGAGGUCACCCUCAAGACCAAGGUCAACACGGUCAAGAUCACUGGCACCCUCCUCGAUGAGCAGCCCCUCGCAGUCUACUCCACCGACAAGGUCCUCCUCCCCAAGGAGCUCUUCAAGGCUACCGCGGCAGCUCCUGCCCCUGCCCCUGCCCCAGAGGUGGCAGCCGCCGAUUCGCCCAAGGCCUCCAAGAAGAAGAAAGCCGCGCCAGAAGAUGAGGACACCGCCGACUCGCCAGCAGACUCCCCCAACGCCGAUGUUGCCGAUGCAACAGCCGAUGGGAACGAUGGCGGGCUGAGGCUCGGGAGCGGGAGAGGGCUGGCGCUGGUGGUGUUGGGCUUGUGGCUUGGGUUACUCCUCGUAUGAUGAUGAUUGAUGAGGCUUGCCUGUUUGUUGUUGUUCAUUAGAGGUAAUUCCACUUUUUUUUUUUUGGGGGUGCUAUCUAAAUAAUUUAUUAUUCCAAGUUUUAAAAUGAUUAAUUUUGUUUGUUAUAAUUAGACUGCUUAAUUAGUACUUAUGAGUGGGUUUUUGUUAUUGUGAUGAGAUUUGUUUGUCAAUUUCUGAAUUGUGAGAGUAAGAUUCUAAGGUUUGUUCCGUCCUAGGUACUGUACAACACUCUAAGACAACAAUUGAUGAUAUUCUUAUCAUUAAGCCAUUUUGUUUGAUC